AUGUCCGAUUCACAGCCGGGCACUGUUACUCGGCACCUGCACCCCUUCGAUCCUCCGCAGCCCGACAGACGUCGCCUUGUUUCAGUGGACGCUGCGGCAAAGCCCGACAGACGUCGCCUUGUUUCAGUGGACGCUGCGGCAAAGCCCGACAGACGUCGCCUUGUUUCAGUGGACGCUGCGGCAAAGCCCGACAGACGUCGCCUUGUUUCAGUGGACGCUGCGGCAAAGCCCGACAGACGUCGCCUUGUUUCAGUGGACGCUGCGGCAAAGGUGCAAUUGAGUUUGCCCGACUACAUUUCUUUCCUGGUCGACGAUUUGGUUGCCUACCUCGACUUGGCAGGCGCCACCAAUUGGGUCGUCUUGAGUCCCGACAGACGUCGCCUUGUUUCAGUGGACGCUGCGGCAAAGGUGCAAUUGAGUUUGCCCGACUACAUUUCUUUCCUGGUCGACGAUUUGGUUGCCUACCUCGACUUGGCAGGCGCCACCAAUUGGGUCGUCUUGAGCCCCGACAGACGUCGCCUUGUUUCAGUGGACGCUGCGGCAAAGCCCGACAGACGUCGCCUUGUUUCAGUGGACGCUGCGGCAAAGGUGCAAUUGAGUUUGCCCGACUACAUUUCUUUCCUGGUCGACGAUUUGGUUGCCUACCUCGACUUGGCAGGCGCCACCAAUUGGGUCGUCUUGAGUCCCGACAGACGUCGCCUUGUUUCAGUGGACGCUGAGGCAAAGCCCGACAGACGUCGCCUUGUUUCAGUGGACGCUGCGGCCAAGGUGCAAUUGAGUUUGCCCGACUACAUUUCUUUCCUGGUCGACGAUUUGGUUGGCUACCUCGACUUGGCAGGCUAUACUCUUUCUGAUUCGGCUGCCACCAAUUGGGUCGUCUUGAGUGCGCCUACGGUCGCUUCGCCCGAUCAGCCUGUCUCAACCUCGGGCUGUCUCAGCCUUCUGGGUCUCAACCUCGGGCUGUCCCUAUUCCUACUGCCGUGGAUCCGGCACCGCUUCCUUCGCCGGUCAACGGUGACACUACAAUGUCCGAUUCACAGCCGGGCACUGUUACUCGGCACCUGCACCCCUUCGAUCCUCCGCAGCCCGACAGACGUCGCCUUGUUUCAGUGGACGCUGCGGCAAAGCCCGACAGACGUCGCCUUGUUUCAGUGGACGCUGCGGCAAAGGUGCAAUUGA